CCCAAAUCUGCUCCGGUAGUCAAUUUUGGACCGUCACGAUAUUUUAUUGACGGAGGGCCGGAGGGGGAAGAGAGGAAGCGGAUAGAAACUCACUUCACUUUCCCAAUCCACCAUUUUCCGCAAACUGUUCUUACUGCCCAGGCCGAUGGAAGACGCGAAAGCGGCCAUCUGCAGCCGUCUGCAAUCGGCGAAGCUCAACUCCGGCAAGAGCUACAGCGAGAUCGCGGAGGAAACGGGGCUCACCAACGUAUACGUCGCUCAGCUGCUUCGGCGGCAGGCCCAGCUGAAGCCGGAGACGGCCCCGAAGCUAAAGGCGUCCCUGCCGGGGCUGUCGGGGGAACUCAUCGACGAGAUGAUGAGGCCGCCGCUCAGGUCGUACAACCCUAAUUUGAUCCAGGAACCCACUGUAUACAGGUUGAAUGAAGCUGUUAUGCACUUCGGUGAGAGCAUUAAGGAGAUCAUCAAUGAGGAAUUCGGUGAUGGCAUCAUGUCAGCCAUAGAUUUCUACUGCUCAGUGGACAAGGUGAAAGGUGCGGAUGGGAAAGAUCGUGCUGUGGUGACAUUUGAUGGCAAAUAUUUGCCUUAUACCGAGCAGAAGUCGGAGGAUAUGGUAUCUCGAUCCAAGCUGCGGUGAAGUGGAGUUGUUCUUCAGUUGUGUUGCUGCAUCUGUGAAAUUAGCAUCUUAUGCUGCUAUAUGCGGGGUUCGGUGGUUUGUACACUGUUAUUGGACACCGUGCUUGUACAAUUGUACCCUAAUAAUGAAAUUUGGAACUGAAUUUUGGAAAGAAUCAUUGACGACAUUGCUGGACAUCACAGUAAUCUGGACGUACAGCCGGCAGUUUGAGGGGGUAGUUGUCUAUCUGACGGGACCUUAGGUGGUUCAUAUUUGAGACGACAUUCGUACAUUCUUAAGAUCCAC